AUGAUAUGGGAGCAAAGGGUGUCCAUAGUUGUAAUGAUGACCCGAUUAGAGGAACGUGCUCGUAUCAAAUGCGAUCAAUACUGGCCGUCACGAGGUCCGGAAACCUACGCAAAUGGAGUCAUUACAGUCUCCCCCAUACCAGGUCCUGAGGGAACACUCGAACUGGCCUAUUUCACCAUUCGACGCUUUACGAUCUCCCACUUAAAUGGAAACGAAGUUCGUGAAGUUACUCACCUCCAGUUUACCAGCUGGCCGGAUCAUGGAGUACCGGAGAGUCCUCCAAUACCUCUUCUUCUCUUUAUGCGUAGAAUUCGAAGAGCGGCAUGCAGCCAGGGUGGUCGGGAAUCUGUUUCUCUCAUUGCUCCUGGAGCGACUUCAACUUCUGUCGCUUCUAGUGAGUCGGAUCCCGCUACUUCCGGACCUAUGGUUGUUCAUUGCUCUGCUGGUGUCGGACGAACAGGUGCUUUGAUUGCACUGGACAUAAUGCAAGAUCAAAUGAAAUACGAAAACGCAGUAGAUGUCUUGGGUUGUGUUACGGCACUUCGAUCCCAACGCAACUUCAUGGUACAAACAGAGGAGCAAUAUAUCUUUGUAUAUGACGCUCUUCUGGAAAUGGCAGAGGGCGGAUACACAGAAGUUCCGGCUAGAGGUCUCUACACACAAUAUAAUUCACUUUUGCAACCUGAUGGAAUGGGCUAUUGUGGUUUCGACAUCGAAUUUAAAAAACUGGAGAGCUUCUUCAUGCCCAAAGCAGGCUUCACAUCAGCUCUUCUUCCACCAAAUAAAUGCAAAAACAGAUUCCUUGAGAGUCUUCCAUACGAGAAAUCAAGGGUAGCUCUGACCCCUCUGAGAGGUGUUGAUGGGUCUGAUUACAUCAACGCCAGUUUUGUUGACAGUUAUCGCUCCCGAAGAGCCUAUAUAGCGACACAAGGUCCUAUGGCUGAAACUCUCGAGGACUUCUGGCGUAUGUGUUGGGAGCACAAUUCUGCCAUCAUUGUCAUGAUUAGUCAAUCUACUGAACAAGGAAAAGAACAUUCUUAUCCGUACUGGCCGAUAAAGAGGUCGGCAAGAUACCAGCACUUUGUGAUUGAUCCUAUGGUUGAGUACAACAUGCCCACCUACACUUUACGAGAGUUCAAGGUCACGGAUACACGGGAUGGUGUAUCACGCACCAUCCGUCAGUUUCAGUACACUGAGUGGCCUGAGGUCGGUGUACCUAGCAAUUCUGAGGCAUUUACUAACUUCAUCUCCCAAAUUCAUAAGACUAAAGGGCAGUUUGGUCAGGAUGGUCCUAUAACUGUUCACUGCAAUUGCGGCUCAGGACGCACGGCGGUAUUUAUACUUCUUUCAAUAGUCCUCGACCGUUUACGCUGCGAAGGCGUCGUGGAUAUUCUCCAGACUGUUCGAUUAUUAAGAACGCAACGUCCAGGCAUGAUAAAAUCCCCAGAGCAAUUACAAUUCUGUUAUAAAGCCGUACUUGAGUAUAUAUCAUCCUAUAAAAUGAUGUUGCGUCUCAGUGUUCAUUACCUCUCAUUUCCUUCUUCUCCUCAUAGUCCAACAACACCUAUCCCUCUGUAA